ACAAGUUUACGUUUUGAAGCAUAUAAAAGCCUUAAAAAUGGUAAAGUUGGCAUUCGGUGAUUUGGGUGAUUCAUUUAGUGCCACCUCACUCAAGUCUUAUUUGGCAGAAUUCAUAGCUACACUUCUUUUUGUGUUUGCGGGUGUUGGAUCAGCUAUCGCUUAUGGUAAGCUCACAGCUGACGCAGCGUUAGACCCUGCUGGAUUAGUAGCUAUUGCUGUGGCUCAUGCUCUUGCAUUAUUUGUUGGAGUCUCAGUGGCUGCUAACAUCUCAGGCGGCCAUUUGAAUCCAGCUGUCACCUUUGGACUGGCGAUUGGUGGCAACAUCACUGUUCUAACCGGCUUGUUUUAUUGGAUUGCCCAAUUGCUUGGUGCCAUUGUUGCUUCAUUCCUUCUUCAGUUUGUCACCGGUGGAUUGCCUGUCCCAACCCACGGAGUUGCAGAUGGCUUGAGUUCUAUCCAGGGAGUGGUGUUUGAGAUUAUCAUAACCUUUGCUCUAGUUUACACAGUUUAUGCGACUGCAGUUGAUCCCAAAAAUGGCUCACUCGGAACCAUUGCACCUAUUGCAAUUGGAUUCAUUGUUGGAGCUAACAUCUUAGCUGCUGGUCCAUUUAGUGGUGGUUCUAUGAACCCUGCUCGAUCUUUUGGACCUGCUGUGGCUAGUGGAGACUUCUCACAAAUUUGGAUUUACUGGCUUGGACCACUUAUUGGUGGUGGUCUAGCCGGGCAUCUCUAUGGUGAUGUAUUUAUUGGAUCACAUGAUCCACUCCCCGCCUAAAAGAGACUAUGCCUUAGAAGAUCUAAUAGUUCUUUGUCGUCAAUUCUAUUUCGUGUUUCUUUUCAAGGUUGAAACUGUGAUAUCCUCUUUGUAUGGGAAUAAUUUUGAGAAUUCUUGAAGGUGAAGGCUCAAUUUGAAUGAGAUACAAAUAUAUCUCUUUCUAUAUGACCACCUCAUAAUCUCAAAUUUGUGCUUAAUUAUAUCUUCCUUUGGUGAACUUUAAGCUUGUAAUCUUGAGAUGUGA